CGAACGUUAUGGCUGACCGUGUACUCGUCUGUUGAGUAAUUUAAAAAAAAUAAAAAAAAAAUUCCAAAUUCGAAGUGAUGUUUGACACAUUGAAAGCGGAGUUGAAAUUAAAAUGGCGCCAAUAUUUGGCAGCUUCUUUUGCGAGCUACGGCAGCCUGUGCACCGGGAUGUCCAUGGGCUGGACCUCCCCCGUCUUCCCCCACCUCCGCUCCGACCACUCCCCGCUGCCGAGAGAGCCCACGCUGUCUGAGGAGUCAUGGAUUGGAUCUCUCCUGGUGUUGGGAGGGUUGCUAGGUCCGCUAAUAACCGUACCUCUCUCCCGGCACAUCGGCCGUCGCUGGAUCAUCAUGGGCUCCAACCUGCCGCUGCUGCUGGGCUGGCUGCUGGCCGGUGUCGCGGCGGAUCUGCCCACGCUGUACGCCGCGAGGAUCAUGUGGGGCUGCGCCACGGGCAUGCAGUUCGCGAUGGUGCCGCUGUAUAUUGGGGAGAUUGCUGAGGACAAGAACCGCGGCGCGCUCUCCGCUCUGUUCCUCCUGUUCAUCAACGUGGGCUUCCUCCUGGCGUACGCCAUCGGCCCCUUCUCCAGCUACUGGGGUCUGACGGCCACCGGCGGGAUACUGUCCCUGGUCUACCUCCCCUGUACGUGGCUGAUCCCGGAGACACCUUUCUUUUUGGUGUACAAAGGUAAAACCGAGGAGGCAUCCCAAGUAUUACAGAAACUACGAGGAACAUCGAAAGCUGGAGUCCAAGCUGAGCUGGAGGGUCUGCAAGCGGUGGUGGCGAGGGAGUUCAAAGAGGAACCCUCUAUCAAAGACCUGUGGGCUACUAGGGGACAGGUGAAGGCUUUGGGUAUCUGCGUGUUCCUGGCGAUGCUGCUGCAGCUGUCUGGCAUCGACGUGCUGCUGUUCUACAUGGAGGAGCUGCUGGUGAAGGUCGGCACCCGCAUCUCCGCCUCCGAUGGCACCAUCAUUAUGGGCGUGGUGCAGGUGGUGACGAGCUGCGUGACGCCGCUGGUGGUGGACCGGCUCGGCCGCAAGCUGCUCAUGUGGACCACCUCGCUGGGCCUGGCCAUAUUCCUGGGUAUAAUCGGCGUGUACGCGCUGCUGGACUCUCACUACAAGUACAACGUGGAGCCGUACGCCUUCAUCCCGCUGUUGUGCCUCAUCGUCUACAUGGUGCUGUUCACGCUCGGUGUGGGUCCGGUACCGUGGAUCUUGGUGGCGGAGAUGUUCCCGGUGAAGACCAAGUGUCUCGCCAGCGGCAUCGCCUCCUUCAUGUGCUGGCUCGCAGGCUUCGUGUGGACCAGGUUUUUCCGCGAAGUGGCGGCCUCGUACGGUAUAUACACGGCGUUCUGGAUCCUGGCGGCGUGCUGCGCGCUCGGCUUCGCGUUCUCCGCCUCGCCGCUGCUGCCCGAGACCAAGGGCAAGACGUUCGACGAGAUACAGGACAUGCUCAAUAAUAACAACAGGAGCAAGGAGCCAGACCCAGUCGAUGUUUAGUGUAAGGAUAUAGUUAUAGUUAAGAUUUUCCUGCGGGCAGAUUCUUAGCCCGAGGACGUCUUUGCCGAUCUCCGCGACGCCGCACACUGGACAUAACUUGCCCUGGAAAGAGAAAAAAGUUAUUUAAAA